UUGUGUAAUCUUUCUAUAGGUUGUGGUCCUAGUGGCCCUGCUUUUACUUGCAGUCCUGAUCUUUGUAAGAGUAGCUCUUGUGAAGCACAUGAUAAUUCAGUGUGUGAGAUUGAUUCUUGUUCUAAUUGUACUGUUAAGCAUUAUGUUGGGCUCCAGGAAGUCACUGAACAAUGUGAUGUAUGUGACCUUCCUCCUGUACAUGGAGAGUGCAGAGGGUCCAUUACUAGAUGGUAUUUUAAUGGAGACUCUGGUCACUGUGAAAGAUUCACUUAUGGUGGAUGUCAAGGUAACAGGAAUAACUUUAAAACCUUGAGCAGCUGUCUACAGACAUGUGCUAGAGGUAAGAGAAUUAUUAAACAAGAACACUUAA